CUUUAUGGGCUGUGGUGUCAGUAAGCAGUGAGAGGGUGAUGGAAGAAGAAGAAGAAAUGCUGGGUGUCAUUGCCUGCCGUCACUGCUGAAGUGCACAUCCCACCGUGCAGCUGGUCAAGAAGCUGGGAAUUCACUUCAAUCGGUUCAGCAGUGGCUUCAGGUGAACAUGAACAUCCUGCAAGUCCUGGGACUCCUACAGCUGCUGGCUGUACCUGCUUUUACACUGACACGUUCGACCCACGACUACUGGGGUGAGUUUGGAGCCUAUGGAUCCUGCAGCCGCAGCUGUGGCACAGGAGUGGCAGUGAGAACCAGGAAAUGUAUUACUUCAAGGUCAGAUGGUGGACAUAACUGCAUAGGAUCCUCCAAAUCAUUCCGCACCUGCAAUACACAUGAAUGCCCGGUGAGCUCGAGGGAUUUCAGGGAGGAGCAGUGCUCCCAGUUUGACAGAAUGGACUUUAAUGGAAAACGCUACACGUGGUUGCCUCAUUAUGGAGCAGCUAAUCCAUGUGAGCUCAACUGUGUCCCGAGAGGAGAGGAUUUCUUUUACCGACACAGAACUGCAGUGGUAGAUGGGACCCCGUGCUAUAUGGGCCGCAGUGAUAUCUGUGUGGAUGGCGUCUGCAGGAUACUGACCCGUGGAGAGUUUAUGGGCUUGGAUGAAGACACUAACUCAGUACACUCCUCUGCUCCGGUUGUUGUUGCUGCUCCUCAUCCAAGAGAGACAUUCACAUAUGUCUAUAGAGCUAGUGUGUUUGGCGAGUGCUCUGCCUCGUGCAGCGGAGGCAUGCAGCAUCGUAGUGUGGAGUGUGUAGUUGAGGACCCAGUGAACCCCCGUGUGGUUGACGAGACUUACUGCAUUGCCCAGCGCCUGCAACGGCCACCGAGUCAGCAGGCCUGCAACAUGCAUCCAUGUACUGCAGAGUACAGUGUGUCCAGCUUCAGUGUGUGUUCAGCGACCUGUGGAGAAGGACAGCAGACAAGGGAAGUUGUUUGCGUUGGACCAGGAGGUGAACAUCUGCCUGAUCAUGCAUGUAGUGGACUGGUUCGACCUCCUUCUGUCCAGGCCUGCCGCAGACCUGCCUGUUACACACGCAUAACCUGGCAUAUGACAGAGUACGGCCUGUGUUCAAGAAGUUGUGGUGGUGGUGUGAGAGAGAGGAGAGUUGCCUGUUUUGACACAGAUUUGAACCCCUACCCUGAAGAUCGUUGUGGGUUAGCUCACAGACCACAUUCUAGGGAGGAAUGCAACAUGCAGCGCUGCCCUGGGGUGCAAACGGUCCCAAGUGUGCAGGACCCAAGGCCAGGUGGAGGCACUAUUAGAGGAUUUGUGCCCCAUAUUCCAGAAGAACCUUCAGUUUCAAGGCCAGCUACAAACACUGUGUAUGACCCUUACCCUAAUGAGGUGAGACCUCACUGUACGCAGUCGCCUUACGGCUGCUGUCCUGAUGGCCGUACCUCUGCCACGGGGCCCAGGAACCAGGGCUGCUCACAAGAAGACUGCGUCCGCACUAGGUAUGGCUGUUGUUUGGAUGGGGUGACACCGGCUCAAGGAUUCGGACAGGCUGGGUGUCCUGAGUACCAGACUGUGCAGCACCCAUCACCCACUCCUCCAUCCACUGGCAAUGUGUGCUCCCUGCCUCGUGAUGAGGGCCCCUGUGAAACCUGGAUGGUCCGGUUCUGCUAUAAUCCUGCCACUGCCAAGUGUACCGAGUUCUGGUACGGAGGCUGCCAGGGCAAUCCCAACAACUUUGUGUCCAUGGAGGCAUGCCAACGAGAGUGUGGAGGUGUGGAAAGGGUGCCUGUAUCCACAACUUCAAGAGAAACUACAAGGAGAGCGACACUCAGGGACCUUCUGAGAGCAAGGCCAUAACCACAUAUGCCACUGAUAUCUCCAAAAGUGCCCAGUCAUGCUCCCGCUUUGAAGAAAAUCAAGUGAUUUUGGUACACAAAUGCAGCCUAUAGUGUACACCCCAAAUAAAGAAAAAAAAGAAAAGAAAAACUAACCACAUUAUAUAUUUCAUUUAAACAUUUUUACCAUCACAAAUGUUAUAGCUCUUGGCCCUGAUUUCACUGUCUUUCAGUUUGUUUUUGUGAUCUUCACUAUGUCAUUGUAUGCUUUUUUGCCCUGUAAGUCGGGAUUAAAACAAAACUAAUUUCUUUGUAAUUACUCAAAUUGAAUCAUAUAUCCAAUUAAUAAAUGUUCAGCUAUGGUGUAAUUUUGAAAAAAAAAAAA